AUGGCUGUAAUAACCGGGGUUAUCAUGAAUACUUGUGUGUUGAUAAACGCCUUAGUUCUUCUGGUCACUGUUCCUGUCGUCGUGUUGUCUGUUCACGCCGGAACGCGGUCCCAAGAAAAAGAGACGCCACCUCGAGCGCGCAUAGUCCAAACCGCCUCGCGGAGACUGGCCAUUGGGUUGGUCUGCUGUUCCCGAAGCACAUUCUCGUGCCUGAAUGAGCUGGGAAGCCGUUCUUCGGCGUCAAUGUCUGGCUCUGGAUGACGUGUUCGGAAUCCAAGGGCAACCGAAGGCAGUCAGAGCAGCCGUCGUCAAGAGGUCUCGGUACUCCAGCUUGGAGCUAGGCGGGUCACUUGUUGGUCCGGGGAAGGAGAAGACGUGCCCCAGUUGCCACUUAUCUCU